AUGGAACUCCCGGUAUCCAGUGGGAACCAGUCCUCAGUGCCAGAGUAUUGGAGCGAAGGAAAACGACCGAAGUUGUUGCCUGACCAAGCCAACGAUUCGUGUGUCGUGGUAGACCCCACCUAUGGUUCUGCGAGGGCAUCGUGGGCUGCCACCAGUUGUAGUACUGAGAGGGCAUAUAUGUGUAAGAAAACUGAAGGUGAUUGUGCAACCGGCUGGCGUUCUCACAAUGGUACAUGUUACCAGUUUAACAUCAACAUCAAGCUGUCCUGGUAUAAUGCCUCAACCUACUGCAAGUCCCAAGGUGCAGACAUGGUGGCGGUGAACAGUAAUGAUGUCCAGCUAUUCCUAAGGUCACGGCUGAAAGAGCUAGGCCUGGAUGAAAAUGAGAGGUUAUGGCUAGGAGGCUCGGACGUGGACGACACGCCCAAGAUACUGAAAUGGCCCAGUGGUGGGGCAGUCGAUAACAACGCCACCUAUUGGUCAUCAUCCAAACCAAGGAACAGUAGUCAACCGCUGUGCCUAGAAAUGUUGUCUGGUGGAGAAUGGAGCACAAGUGAUCAAUGUUUGAAAGAACAGUCUUUCAUUUGUCAGAUUAAUGACGGUAAAGUAGUUUAUCCGCCAACGGUGAAACCAGCUAAAGGUAGCUGUGACCCAGGCUGGGAGGCAUAUGGUUUCUUCUGCUAUUAUUUUGACAACAGCGCCUCGGUCACCUGGCUUGAGGCACAGAACAUAUGCCAAGAUUUAGGGGCAGAGAUGGUACAGAUUAUGAACGUCAGAGAGAUGUCCUUUAUCAAUGAUCAUUUAACUGUCAGUACAUGGCUUGGAUUGAGUGACAGGAGCGCAGAGAGUGAAUGGGAGUCGACAAACCAGAAACUGGCAAAGUACAGCAAUUGGAUCCCAACAACACCUGCUUCCGGUGGCGGUGGCGCCGCCCAGGGAUACAAGUGUGCUAUUGUGUUAGCAGGGAAAAACAAAGGCUUCUGGGACGAAGUACCAUGUAACCAAAAUAAUGCUUACAUGUGUCAAAAACUAAUAGGUGGUAACUCGAAUAAAUGUGGACAGUCCUGGCAAGAUGACCCAUUAAGUGAGUUUUGUUACCAGAUUAACACAAACAGCUUGUCUUGGUCCGAGGCACAAUUACAGUGUAAACACAAUGGAGGGGAAAUGGCCAGUAUCACCAGUCUCCAAGAACAGCAGCAUAUUGCUGCCAGAAUUCGGGCCAUUCCAGACACGAAAUAUUUCUGGAUUGGAGGCAAUGCUCUUUGGCGUGACUACGGAUGGGUUUGGAAUGAUGGGGCUUCGAUGGCCUUUUUGAAUUGGGAAGCAGGUCGACCACAUUAUGCUAAAAACGCAGACUGUAUGGAAAUGGAUGCACUGAGCGGUGUGUGGAGGGACGAAAAUUGUCACAACAGGAGAGGGUACAUCUGCAAGAAAAGAGGAUCUACGCAAAAUACAACACCAUCAACGGCGCUGUCAUCAACAACCGAAAAACCAGGGUAUCCGCAUUGUGACAAAAGCUGGUCGCUGUAUGGCCAGGGUUGCUACCGAGUGUCUGAAGACCCUGGACAAUGGACAGCGGCCAAGAGCACCUGCAGACGAGAAGGUGGUGACAUAGUUUCUAUACUUAGCGCCAAUGAAAAUGACUUUGUUACCAGUUUGGCGGCAGAAAAAGGAGAAAACCCAGCAGGUUAUUGGACAGGGUUAAACGCCCUGAGGAUAUCAAAUCAGUUUGAGUGGGCAGAUGACACAUCAGUCUCGUUUACAAACUGGGGUGCUCGUGAACCCAACGUACACUUGGGCGACCAGCUAUGCGCCGGUAAAUGGAGUUCCACCGACUGCUUCCUGUCAUUGCCGUAUAUCUGUAAACGGCCUGCAGCCAGAGUGACGUCACCACCUUCUGUGAUGUACAAAGGAUGUAAUAAGGGCGUCACUGCUGCAUACAAAGGAUCCUGCUUUACCGUCUCAAGUAGUAGAGUCACGUGGUCAGAUGCUGACGUCAUGUGCAGAAACUCUGGAGGACAUCUGGUUGAAAUUAACAAUCGUCUAGAACAAGCUUACAUAGCAGCCAAUGUUGGAGAACAUUGGUUGGGUAUUGACUAUUGGAUUGGACUGAGCAAGGAUGAGAAUGGUACCUAUAUUUGGAGCACGGGGUACAAACUGGAGUUUACUAAUUGGGACAGAAGGCAUACUGGGAUGGCUUCUCAACACCCUCCACUGUCAGCACUACCCCCAGGCCCGCCUCCUGCCCCACGGGGUAUAAGUGGUCGGAGUUUAAGGGAGCAGCUUUACGGCAAUCAGCGUCUUACAUGGUUCGAAGCACAAGAUUUAUGUACAAACAUUGGCGGUAAACUGGCCACGAUCCACAGUGAGGAACAAAUGAAAGCGGUGAUGGGACCACACACGCGCUUUUUGGCAAAAUACUGGAUCGGCUUGUACAAACCUGACAAUAAUGGCGGCUACGUGUGGAUAGACCAGUCUGCCCUGGACUUCACCAACUGGGAGGACGGAGAACCAAAUGACCACAAUGGACUGGAGGGAUGUACAACUAGGUUACGUCAUCACGAGAAUCCCUGGUUCUGGAUUGGGCUGAAUGAGCUAGAUUUAGAAAGUUACAAAUGGUCUGAUGGGACAACCGUCGACUUCCUGUCCUGGGAGGAGAACGAACCAGACGACAACUAUGGCGGACAGAAAUGUGUCGGAUUUAUAACAGAAACAGGUCAUUGGCAUGAUGAGAAUUGUGGCAUAGAGAACAGGUUCAUCUGUAAGAAACACAAGGACAGCCAAACGACCGUGACACCGUCUCCUACACCAGUUAUACAGGGGAACUGCCCCCCAGGGUACCACGGGAUUGGUAACAAAUGCUACAUUCUGUACGGCGACGCCACUGACAACACACAGCUGUUAAACUGGACAGAGGCGCUGGACACAUGCGCGUCACUAAACAGCACAAUAGCCAGUAUUACUAACCCAUUGGAACAAGCGUUAAUAACAACUCUUCUCAAAGGAAAAUCUGUGGAUUUUUGGAUUGGCUUCCAUAAACGGUUCAUAACUGGACAAAAUGUCCAGAAAAUUGAGUGGGUGGAUAAUUCAAAGGUGGACUUCGAUUACUGGAGCCGGGGUGAACCGAAUGGCGGAACAUAUGGAGUUGCCAUGGAAGAUUGCGUCAACGUAAUUUCUCGUGGCUUCUCGGCCGGACGUUGGCAGGACCGCAGGUGUGAUAUUAAGAUGGGGUUUGUGUGCCAAACGUGGAAAGAUGCCAGAUACCCGACUCCUCCGCCUUCCCAGUCCCCGUCACCCUGUCCCCUUGGUUACGAGUCGUUUGGUGACGCCUGUUACCAGGUAACGGCCGCCAUGACGUGGGAGGAGGCCAACGCCACGUGUCGACGUCAACAGGACCACCUCGUGUCUGUAACUGAACCGUAUGAACAGGCUUUUGUCUUGCUGAAAAGACAGAGGCAUACGUCUGGGCCAAUUUGGUUAGGGCUGACGAGGAGAGGGUCAUUAUACUACUGGGUGGACGGCUGGCCUGUAUCAUAUGUCCACUGGGGGUCCACGGAGCCGUCACGUGGGGAGACAGACAGGUGCGUGGCUCUGAUGCCAGACGGAAACUGGAACGACACGGAUUGUGGUUUGAAACUGCAGGGAAUAUGUAAAAGGACUUCAGUCAUUCCGCCCACGACAGCUGUCAACCCCCCUGGUAGAUGCCCUGAUGAUAAGCAUUGGUUCGACCACGGCUAUUACUGUUACAUGUUCUCCAACAGAACUAGUUACUCGUAUGGCUGGGCACAUUCGAGUUUCCUGUGCCAAAAGCAUGGGGGAGCGCUGGCGAGCAUCACUAAUCAGGACGAAAUGGAUUUCAUUUUACGAACAAUACAGCAGGAACGUUAUGAAAAGCGAAACCUGUGGAUAGGACUUGUGAGAAAAAUAAAAGGUGCCUUCGCCUGGUUCGACCACACCCCGUUUAACUACGAGAACUGGGCUGUGGGAGAACCCGACAACGGCAAUUAUAAAGAGUGCACCUCGGUCCAUCCAGCCAACGGGAAGUGGGAGGUGACCAACUGUUACGCCGCCAGGGGGUUCAUAUGCAAGGUUGCUAAAGUCCCUCCGCCAACAACCCCCAGACCAUCUUGUAGACCCGGCUGGCACACCAAGGACGGCAUGUGUUAUAAGGGAUAUUACAAGUCUCUCACACAUAAGAAGACCUGGUCAGAGGCACGCAGUUUCUGUUUGUCAAGAGGCGGGGACUUAGCCAGCUUCCACAGUGCAGAAGAUGUAAGAUGGUUCACGGGUACCAUAGGGUUCCACAGCAGGUGUGCUUUAAAGAAGUCAAAAUUAGAAUGA